AUGUCAGCACUUUCUCAGAUCAGCAUCUUUCCCGCUACCUCGGCGACGGCUGUCCGCCUUGCAGAGCUCUUGCAGCAGCAGCAGCCCCAAAUCCGCAUCCGUCUAGCCGGCCGCUCUCCUGCCAAGCUUCAAGCUUCCAACAGCAGCGUCACCGUCUCCCAGACGCCCCUGGAAGUCGGCGAUGCUGCCUCGAUCAAGGAAGCGCUCGACGGCAGCGAUGCUGCCUACAUCAUGAAUCCGCCCUUUUACGGCGAGCAAGACCCUUUCAGCCUCUCGCAGAAGUGGGUCGACUCGAUCACAGAAGCCGUCAAGUCCAGCAGCACCAUCAAGAAGAUCGUCUACCUUUCCUCGGUCGGUGCAGAAAGAACGAGCGGAACUGGACCUAUUCGCAACACACACAUUGCUGAGCAAGGCCUGUUGGCCAACGUCCGCGAUGGUGUCGAGGUAUACGCUCUGCGACCGCCCUACUUCCUGUCCAACCUCAAAGCUGUUCUCCCGCUCGCUGUCGGACCGCCACACAUCCUGCCGUCGAUGAUGGUCCCCUUCGACCGGUCGUAUCAGUGGACUGACGCGAAUGCCAUCGCAAGCACAGCGCUCAAGUACCUCCUCGCUCCCGCCUCGCCCGACGGCGCAAAGAGCGGUCACAUCACAGCCGUUCAGCUGGUGACGCAGAAGAAGACAGUUCCUGAGAUCGCUCAGUACAUCUCCGAGAUCACGGGCACCCAGGUCAACGCCGUGCCCGUCCCACAAGAAGAGUGGUACAACACCUUCAAGAAGGCGGGCAUGCACGACGACCAGGCACAGCUGUUUGUCGAUAUGGCCACCGGUCAGUACACGGGUUACAUCGACUCGAUCCAUGAUGAAGCUGCGGUCGCGGAGGAGAAGAAGCGGGGGGUGACAGUGGUGUCAGAGCACCCCGAGGUGGAUCACAAGGCUGCGCUCAAACAGCUCCUUGCCAACGUCGGCAGCGCUCAUUAG